AUGGAACGAGAUAGUCGGCAGAAGAGCCUUAAUGGGUUGACGUAUGCCCAGAACGAGGCGCAGGAGGAUUUCCGCAACACUCGACGGUGGGCGAAUGAGAUGGAAAGUGAGAAAGAGGCAGAGCGGCAGAAGGAGAUUGACUUGCAGAAGAUGGCGUGCAGAGAGGAGCGGCGGCUCGAAAUACGGACUAUGGAGGAGGAGGCAGAGAGGGAAGCUGUGCGGUUGAGUAAGGCUUUGGGGCAGAAGGAGAUGCAACAGAUACGGAGGGACCGACUGAGGGGGAGGAAGAAGAGCUAUUACCUGGCUGGACUAAAGUUGGUUUGCCAUGUCUAUGUGAGCUUGUAA